ACGAUUUCUAAUGACGGUUCCAAGAAUGAAACUGCGACGGCAAAUUUCCGAGACUAGGAAAUUGCUAGGAUGUGGAAUACUGGAAUUCUUCAAUUUUUCGUUUUUAUUAUGUGGCAAUAUGUGUGACCAGUCAAUCCUCUAAACUUAAGCUCAGUUGCUUACAGGCUCACACACCCCAAUUAGGCGAGGUUUGGGGUUGGUCUUCGUAAAGUUUUGCGCUGAAAAAUGUGUUCCAUUCAUUAUUGGAGAAAAACGUGCAACGUCUGUGGAAAAUUUAAUUAAGAUUCGUCAUCCACCCAGCUAGGAUCAAGGAGUGCUCAUUGAUAACGAAGGCUUCCUGGGAAAUGAAAAGUGAUAUGUACGUCAAACAGAUGUGAAUGUGUCAACACCUUCUGCUGUGUCAGCACCCUGCUGAAUGUAGAGGUUGAAGGUAUCCGCUUAUAUAAACAUUGGAUAUUGCCCGCACCAAAUUAGUGAAGCCAGUAGGUCAUCUGGUUCUGAAUACGACAACUUGGGCAGAAAUUUCAACUCAGAUUGAUACAGAAUUAUGACGAAGGUCUGUGCUACGUAUUUUUUUCUUGUGAUAAUAUGGAAAUUCAGGAUUGGUCUCGCAACCGAACAAGAGAAAGACCCCUACGCUUACCUAGAGCGAUAUGGAUACAUCAAGUCAAUGACAAGUGUCAUUUCACACGCGCACACGGCUGAUGCGGCGAUUCGCAAGUUUCAAAGAUACGCACAACUGCCAGUCACUGGCAAGAUGGAUCUCGCAACGAAACGCAAGCUGACUGGACCUCGAUGUGGUGCACAGGAUUUUAAACCGACAUCGAGUGUGAUUGGUCAAGCGGUUAGCGGGGUUCCUGUGGGGUCUUUUCGAGACAUGCGCAGAAGAAAACGCUACGUACAACAGGGGACAAAAUGGCGAAAGCAGACCGUCAGCUGGAGUUUACACAACUACCCUUCAAAUUACGUCGCCUUAUCGCGAGCAGAUGUUGACCGAACCUUAGUGAAAGCGUUCAAAAUGUGGCAAUCCGUUACCACCCUGCGUUUCAGGAGACUAAGUAACAAUCGUAAUGCCGACAUUAUAGUACGCUUUGGUAGUUACGACCAUGGCGAUCCGUAUAGUUUUGAUGGUCGAGGUGGCACUUUGGCCCAUGGUUUCUACCCAGGAUCUAAUACAGGUCUGGAUGGUGACAUCCACUUCGAUGACGAUGAGACGUGGUCAUUGAACGGUCAAGACGACACUACAGAUCUACUGUGGACCAGCCUGCACGAGAUCGGUCACGCUAUUGGCUUGGAACAUUCAGACAGAAGGCAAGCGAUCAUGUGGCCCUGGUUUGAAGGUUUUCAAGCCGGACUGAAGCUCAGACAAGAUGAUAUUUCUGGGAUACAAAGCAUUUACGGUGCUCGAUCAGGAUACAUCACGUGUCCGGCUACCAACGAAGUGAUGCCGAGGGUGUCGUCAAUCUGUAACUAUGGCAACUUUGAUGACGUGGUCUACCAGAAGGAAACCUGCACAACCUACAUCUUUCGGGGACGCUACGUGUGGAGAAUGAAUCACGCGAAAAAGGCAAGCAAUCAUGAACGAAUAUCCUCAAAAUGGCGCGGACUCUUUGACAACAUUGAUGCCGCAUACACCAGAAACGAUGGCUCGAUCGUGUUCUUUAAAAAUAACAGAUACAUGAUUUAUGACAAGAACUUCCGAAGUAUCAAAAAACAAUCACGAAUCAGCAAUUUCAUCAAGAACGGAAGGGAAACUGGAUUGGACAGAAUUGAUGCAGCUAUGGUCUGGGAUGGCAACUCGAGAACAUAUUUCUUCCGUAAUGACAAAUACUGGCGGUACAACGAGAAAACAAAGUCAAUUGACCCUGGUUAUCCAAAGAGUACAUCUCUAUGGCGUGGUGUCCAGACCCCUGUAAACGGCGCGUUCAGUUGGAAAAGCAGCAAAACAUUUUUCUUGAGCGGCAAUAAGGUCGAUAAAUUCAACAAUAAUAGGUUUGCUGUGCAAAAAUUAGGACGAGGUAUAAACAAGUUCAUUAAAAAUUGCUAGUCAGCAUGUGGACGUCAUUUUGGACGAUGUGAAAAAGUCAAACCUAUCUUGUCUCCAGUGUAUGCAUAUUAUUCUCAAAUCAGUUCCAACUGUUGUUCCCAAGUAACUGAAGAUAUUUAUAAACACUAUAUUACAUCAGUCACCUUGACACGGUCGCGACAAUUACCUGAAUACGUUUGUAAAUAUAUAACGCACGUUAAUUUCAAUGUGAAUAAAUUAUAAU